AAUUUUUGCUUUUACCAUCUGUGCUUCUGAAUAACACAAAAUCUGUUGUGUGUUUUGAAAAAAUAAUUAAUUAAAUAAAUUGUUUGCGACGUCCAACCAACACGGAUUCCAAUACCAAAGACAUGAAACCACUAGCGGCUGAUGAAAUGUUUCCAGAGGCAAUGGAAGAGUCUGGCGGCUCCUCAGCUAUACUCAUGGACUUGGCAAGCAAUGAAAAACAUGUACAUGCCGACUUCUACAAUGAUUUCGAUGACCUCUUCGAUGAUGACGAGGAUGAUUUACUCAAUGUCGAUAUAAAUGCUUAAACAUCCAAACCCCCCCCAAUUCUCACAACCAUGUAUAAUAAACAAAAAGACGCUUUUGGCAAA